AUGAUAAAGGGUACAACAGUUGCACUAAAAGAAAUAUCCUCCAAUAUGCUUAGAAGAGGAUCCAAAGAUUUUGGCGCUCAAAUUCAUAGAAGAAAUUCUAUUUGCGGUCCAUGUAUUGGAGUAGAUGUUAAACAAUCAAAGCAUUUAGACGAUAUAAGCAAUUUCCUUGAAAAUGCUCAAAAUAUUCAAGAUAUUCAAUUACAAGAACAUAUUCAAUCAAAGCCAGUAACUAAAAAUGACCUAAGAAAAAACUCAAUUUCCAACAUUUUAAGUUCAAUUUCAACAUUCAAAAAAGAAAGCAAGUUAAACAAACUAGUGGUAAAUCAACCAAGAAGAUUUUCAAUUGAUCCAUUAUCUUUUGGAUCAAAUACUAACAAUAUUUUUAACGAAAAAUAUUCAGAGAAAUUCAAAAAUAUAAAUUUAAGUGAAAGAUUUAUGGAAACUGAAGCAGAAACAACUUUUAAUUCAGUUUGGAGCGAACUUUCAAAAAAAUAUGGGGUUUCCAAUUUAAAUUUCCCAAAACAAAUAAUUUAUUUAGCAGGAGCACCAGGCUCAGGUAAAGGUACAAACACUGAAGCAUUAAUGGAAGCUUUGGGCGUUAACGAAGAUCCAAUCGUAAUGAGUUCAUUAUUAGACUCACCAGAAUGCAUCAAAAUUAAAAAAGAAGGUGGUUUGGUUAAUGAUAAGGUAGUUCUAGAACUCUUAUUAACCAGAUUAUGUAAACCAAAUUUUAUGGAGGGUAAUGCUUCAAGAGAAAGUGUAAUUGUAGAUGGUUUCCCACGUUCCGCCAAGCAAGUCAAAUUUAUUGAACUUUUAUAUGAUAAAAUUUGCUACAUCAAGAGAUCUAUUAAUCCAGAGGCCACUCUACCACGUUUCAGAGUUAGUGUCCUCCAUGUAAGCGAAGAAGAAUCAGUCAAAAGACAAUUAUCUCGUGGUGAAUAUGCAAUUAAAGAAAAUAUUCAAAGAAAAGAAAAAGAGCUUCCUUUAAUAGAAAUUAGAGAUACCGACAUUGACCCAAUGGCAUCAAAAAAACGUUAUUCAAUUUAUCAAGAACAAUUUAAUCAUUUAAAAUCUCUUGAAAAGAAAUUUGAUUUUGAUUUAAUUGAUGCUAAUGGAUCAAAAUCACAAGUUAAACAAAUAAUUAUGGAUACCUAUGCUUGA